AUGUGGGGAAAGUCAUCGUCCUGGACCAAAGGCAGCAAGAGCGGCAAGGGGAAGAAGACUGCUGGGAAGAACACGGAGUACGUGCAAGAUUCGUGGAGCGCGACAUCGUGGAGUCAGCCCAGCAAAGGAGAUUGGAACAAUCCGGCCGGUGCAGCCGACUGGUGGACCUCAACCGGAGCCUCGGGAUCUGACGGCUACGUAGGCGGAGCCUGGGACGACUCCGCCUGGGCUAAGGGCAAGGAGCAGCCCAAAGGCAAGGGAAAGGAAUGGAUCCCGCGGCUGGAAGGCAAAUACGCCCUCGCGAAAACGAUCCUCCGUCCGUACGCAGACGAGCGAGGUCAAGCGGUGUACGCCGCAGGCUCUUCCGUGGAUUUCUUCGAGAAGGAGAAUAUGCGGCAGCUCAUAGAUUCCAAGAAUUCGGAACUCGCUCGGAGGCCUGCCAUCGGUGUGUCGGUCGUCAGCAGCUCCAUGUUGGCGCUGUCGAGUUGCUUCGGAGAAGACGAGACCGACGACGACAGAAAGUUCCAGGCGGCACUGGAAAAGAUGCGGCAGCUGUUCUCUGGAGAAGACGGUGCGAAUCUGAAGAAGGCAUGCGAGACGCUCUCCAAAGAUCGCAGCAGCAACAACUCGGCGGACAAGCGCCGGAAGGCGAUCGAGACUUGGAUCGCUUUCUUUCGCAGGAACAAGCAAGCCCUGCAGAAGGCGCUACCGCAGAUGCUGAGCAGAGCGAGCUUGCUUUACCUCGGCGGCAUCCAGGCGCUGGAAGCGUGCACCAUGGCAAACGCCCUCAGCAACUGGAGCACCAAAGUCCCGACGACCGUAGCCAACGCAGCGUCGCUCUCCGAAUGGCAGUCGCUUCCCAAGGACGUGGAUAGGCUCGUCCACUACCUCGUGGAGGCCUUCGGCCAGCGCCACGCAGACGAGUCGGCUUGGAAGCGAGCCUACGGAGGCUGGGGCGGAGACAGCGACGACGAGCCCUUCGGAGCGGCAGCAGACGAGCCGGCGUGGGGCCUCAAGCCAGCCCACAAGUCCAAGAAGCGCAAGUCGGACAGCGCGUCGUCCUCGCCCUCCUCGAGCACAAAGCGUCGCCACGACGCCGCAAAAAAGGCCGAGAAGCGGAAGCUCAAGAAGGCGGCCAAGGCUGCGAAGGAGAAGACGGCCAACGAGGAGGCGGUCGAGGUCGUGGAUGCUGGCAAGUCCAAGAAGCGCAAGUCGGACAGCGCAUCGUCCUCGGUCUCCUCGAGCACGAAGCAUCGCAACGAGGCCGCGAAGAAGGCCGAAAAGCGGAAGCUGAAGAAGGCGACCAAAGCUGCGAAGGAGAAGACCACGAACGAGGAGGCGGUCGAGGUCGUGGAUGCGCACACAGCGGAGGUCGCGGCAGGGUCGGUAGAGCAGCCGGAGGAGCGGGACACGUGA